AUGUCGAAUCCCCUCUUUGGCAGUUCAUCUCCGCAUGAACCCGCCGAAGAAACCACCGAAGAGACGAUAUUCUCAGGGCAGCCUGCGAUUUUCAUUCUUCCUACACAUCUACCCAUGGACAAACUACAUGAAACUGAAACUAAAUUAGUCCGCUACGGUGGUAUCCUCACUUAUGAUAUUUCCGAAGCCAGUAUUAUCUUGGGGAAGAUUGGCCAGAAGAAGCGAGCUGCCCUAGAGCUGCGUUCUCGGGGUGUGUGGACUGAGGAGGUUCCGACAUUUUCUGAACCGCCUUCAACAACAUCUCAGUCAGAACAGCAGCCUCCUGUAAAAAGGAGAAAGACCAGUACUGCCGAGUCACCUACCAAUGCAGGCAUUGAGACUGUCGAUGUAAGCACAGAGUCCGAGUCCGAAGCGGAUGGAGUGCGAACUCGACAUGAUCCCGCCAACCAUGUUCUUGAAUGGCUGGACUACUCAAUUGCUGCUGGAAGAGCACUGCCGUGGGAUUCAUUCGUCGUCUAUAAAGGGCAAAAGACUGGCCGUCCUACCCCUGCUACCCCAGCAACGUCGCCUUCCCACAGAGUCACCAGUGCAAUACUCGAACGGGCUAAAGAAGAUGCAGCUUCGCAACCAUUAGCUAGUGUAUCCAAGCACAUCCAUGGUCGCCGAUCCAGAGAGCCUCCCGUUAUCGGCAGUCAGCGACAGCCACCGACUCUGUACCGGGAGACCACCUCGGAGCACGACGAGGCCCUUCCCUUGCCACCUCAACCAGACUGGGUCCGUGAUCAAGUCCUAUAUGCAUGCAUGCGCUCCGCGCCCUUACACCCACCAAAUGAAGACUUCAUCUCCCAGCUCGUGAAGAUCCGUCGUAUUAGGGAACUCACCCUCGACGAGAUUGGAGUGCGAGCAUACAGUACAUCGAUAGCGGCAAUUGCAGCCUACCCAUAUAUCAUUCGACGGCCAAGUGAGAUUCUGUCUUUACCGGGUUGUGAAGCAAAAAUCGCCAAUCUCUUCUCCGAGUUCCAGCAGCAUGGCGGCUGUAACGAUACUGAUGAAGACGGGAAUGUUGCUGCGGCCAAUGCUCUGGAAACCGACCCCGUCCUCCGCAUUUUGGACACUUUCAAUCGCAUUUGGGGAGUAGGAGCGAAGACUGCAAGGGAUUUCUACUACCACCGUGGCUGGCGUGACCUCGACGAUAUCGUCGAACAUGGAUGGAACUCUUUAUCUCGUGUACAGCAGAUUGGCGUCAAGUUCUUCGAGGAGUUCCAAGAGGGUGUUUCCCGUCGCGAGUCAGAGACGAUUGCUAAAGCAAUACGCCGACACGCCAACAAAGUCCGGCCUGAAGGAGACAACCAGGUUGAAUGUAUCAUUGUUGGUAGCUACCGUCGAGGCAAAGAGCUCAGCGGUGACGUCGAUGUUAUCCUCACACACCGCGACGAAGAUGUCACACAUAGUCUCGUCGUGGACGUGGUUGCUAGCCUCGAAGCAGAGCUUUAUGUUACACAUACACUUUCAUUACAUUUGACAUCUUCACAUCGCGAACAACAAACCCUUCCCUACCGCGGUGAUGAAACAGGUAAACACUUUGACUCCCUCGACAAGGCCUUGGUCGUCUGGCAGGACCCGAACUUUGACGAUCUAAAGUCCGCGGAAUAUCAAGAUAUCAAUAAUCGCAAGAAAAAUCCAAAUCCACACCGACGUGUUGAUAUUAUCAUCUCCCCUUGGCAUACUAUUGGGUGUGCAGUUCUGGGGUGGUCAGGAGAUACUACCUUCCAGCGGGAUUUGAGACGAUACGUUAAGAAGGCACAUUCGUGGAAGUUCGACUCUAGUGGAGUUCGCGAACGAACCACUGGAGGCCAGGUGUUGGAUCUGGAACACGGUGGAGCGACCUGGGAGGAGAGGGAGAGGUUGUUGAUGGAGCGGUUGGGCAUUGGAUGGAGACCUCCUCACGAGAGGUGCACUCGUUGA